CACAAGCUCCAUUUCUAUUUUCUUUUCCAAGAUUUUGUAUAAACAUGACUGUCAAGUCGAUCCAAGAGACUCAAGAUCGAGUCUCUGAUCUUGGAAUACAGCAGAAAUCCAAGGAUUUCUCUUUGGCGGAGAUAGCCUCUGAAUCUGGUGAUCACUACGGGAAGAUAGUGAGAGUGAAGGAGUGUACCGAGGCCGAGAUGGAUAGGGAGGGCAGAAGGUCAUCGGAGGAGACCGAGGAAUUGCCAAAAUUUGUUGUGCAUAGCCAGGUGUUAAGGAUUAGAAAUGAGGAAUUACAUCUCGGUGAAGAUAUCGGCGAGGGAUUAAACGCCAAAGAUAAGGUUAUCAAUGCAAGUUUUGGUCAGAAUACGCAACUUCGACGCAUGGCUUCGGUUGUGGAUUUGGUGUUCUUUUCAAGGCCGAUCUUGCCUUGCUCGCCUCUCAGUAGGAAAACCACCGUACGAGCCGUGCCGUGAUAAAAUACUCCAAUCCAUCAAAGGAGAGGAGAGCAGCAGAUGAUGAAAAGAUAGGAACUGGAUAUGGAUGCUUUGUUACAGUGUCGGUUAGGCUAAAUUUAAGGUUUAAGGGUUUUCUUCUUUCUUAGACGCUAGGGUUAGAAUUAGGAUGAAUCAGUGAGAGAAUUAUGCCUUUAACCAUGCACCCUUCUCUUGUGUACAGUUAAAAAAAAAAAAGAAAAAAAAAAGAAAGACGCAUAUAGUACUUAAGCUCUUGGGAAGAAAUCUCGAAGUUAUUUAUUUAUUUAUUUA